AUGGGUGUUGAAGACAUAUCCGAGGAGGAUCUGGAAAAGGCGACAAGAUCCUUCGUCUCGAUAGAAUCGGCUACCCAAAUAAGCAGAAGAUACGUCCGAAAAAAGCUAGAAGAGAUUUUUAACUUGGAGGAAAAUUCUCUGUACGAAAGGAAAAAAGAGAUUAACGAUAUUGUUGCCAAGGUAUUGACAAACCUCCUGGAAGAGGAAAAUAGGAAAAAAAAUGAAGAGUUGCGGGCUAAGGAUACAGACGCGCACAGCGUAGAAACGAAUGACAAUGUGGAUCAGAAUGGGGAAAACUGCAGUUUGAGGAAAAGGCGAAAUAGCCAGAACAAGACCAAGGGAGAGAUUGUUAAAAAGGAAAACUUGAAUGAUGAUAAAUCGUCUAGUUCGCAGUCAGAUAGCAAUGAUAGAAAUUCAUCCAAAAAGAGGAAAAAAAAUCGCGAGCCCCUUUCUGCUAGGAAAAAACAAGCCAAUGUGAUGACCAAGGAUUACUUCCUAGACAAUGCCGAGUCUCUACUUUGCAACAUAUCGGAUAACAUAAAAUUAAAACUGGAGCCACGAAUUUUCAGCACGGGAAGUUGCGGAUGGUAG